UCUGCAGUCGUAAUUACUCUUCGCCUUCUGUCGAUGCAAAUUGCUCCCUCCAGGUCGAUAUUGCCGCAGCAGCGUCAGAGCUGCCUGCGGUUCCCUGAGCUGAGCUCGGGGAUGGCCGGCAGCCAUGUGCCUGCAAUUCUGGACAUUGUCUAGUUAAAAAUACCGUCGGACUCUUUCGGGGACUUGUUGGACUUCGAGACGGGCUUCUUGUCCCGGGAUCGGGUGUUCGGGUGUCAGGGCCUCCUUAGUCUCAGUGGAUCGACCUUGGUCUCUGAGACCUGCUUGCCUUGCUUGACGGUAGUGAAGAGACGAGGGCAGAUUCGCCGAUUCGCGCGCUCUUUCCUUCCGGAUCACGAUUUGAGUGAUCGACAGGGUCGUCGAACUUGUAAGCCAGGUACAGAUCUUGGGAGUUCCAGAGGCUGUGUGAGAAGCUGAUGAAUGUUUGGGAAAUUGAAGAGGGCAUUUUUGUGAAUGAACUCUGCGGAACGGAAUGCCGUUUUCCUCCGAGCGACGAAGCGCAUGGAUCAUGUCGCCGCACGGCGCACUCAUGCUACCGUUGUGUUCCCCGUACGAGCUCGAUUCCACACUUGCAGCUCAAGUGAGAAUUCUUGAAGGAGGUGUUGUAGUGCAAGAAUUACAACGGAGUCUCGCGGGUGGAUGUUUAGAUCGACAUCGGUCGAAGCAAAAUCCACGGGCCAAACGAUCGUUUCGAUGUUUUCUAACGAGAAAUCACUGCACUGUAUUGCUAGGCGCCAGGUCAGCCGGCGAGCAAACCGAAGUGCAGUGAUUUCAAUUAGACGUGAAUGUCGAUGAAGGGGACCUUCGAUUCCCCAUGAGGGAUUCACAGACUCACCUUGCGGUGCCUCGAUUCCGAAGCCUUCAUCGCACUCGCAGCGUGGGAUCUCGAGAUCACAUGCUGGUGCACUUGCUCCCUCCCACUGGACAUUACAGGAGCCCGCGAGGUCUCGCGGUCUUAUCCGGGUCAAAACGGAGCCGAGCUCGGCUCGACACGUGGUCCUGAUAUCGUGGAUAUCCGUCGAGAAGAAGUCAACCCGGGCGACGGGUGGCACGCUGGCGAUGGUGGAUUGGCCAGCCUCGCAUGGCAUGGCAAGGCAUGGCACGGGCACUGGCCAUUGGCGCUGCCGUGGCAGUCCCGCAGCCGGUUCGCCUUGUGCCGCUGCUUGUGAGAGCGAGCGAGCGCCUUGAGUGUUUGAAUCCGCGAGGCCCUGCAGUCUCAGCCCCUCGUCGUCCACGGACCUUAGGGUAAAGCAAAUGUCUGGAUCCGAUGGAGUCCCGCCGUCCGUCGUGCACGAUGCCAUCGAGCUUUCGUGCUCUUGCGGAUAUGAGAGUGGCCGCGAAAUGGGUGGAGGAUUGAUAGCAUUGGGAACUCGAUCGAUCGUCUAGUUGCGUCUCGUCUGGUCUGAUGAAGCUCGCUCGGGCCAUGAGACUGAUGACGCAAUUGAACUCUGGGGAAUGGGUCGAAGAGCGCGAAUUGAGUGAUCCUCAAUUGUGAGAGUUCGGCAUGAAAUCGGCACACGCUGCCUGAACCACGAUCGCACGAUGCCCAAUUCGUUAGACCUUCGAAUCCUCUUAGCUCGGCCGUCUGCACGGCUCGAAGUUUGAUUUGCUGGGCGGUUCGACCUUGAGCCACUUCUGUCAUGAUUUCCAUCGCACAUUCUGUUAGUGCGGCUCGUCCGCCCACUUGCCGCCGCCUGCUAGUGACUCAACUCUCGCCGAAUGCGCAAUGCGCUUCGCUGGGACUGUGCAAUGCGCCGCGUUUCCGAAGCAAGCUCUGCCGAAACGUCUCGCCGUCCUCGACCCGGCGAUGUGUGAAAUUGCGCCGCAAAUGUCAGCUCAAGUUGGUCGCCUCGCACGCCAUUUCCGUUUCAGGAGACUUGGCGCAUGGCGAUGGGGACGAAGAGGGAAUCUCACAGCGCGCGGAGCGUGAGCUCCGAGUUGCCGAGGCAACCGCGCAGAUAAAUGAAGAGCGUGAAGUGCAAGUGGAUGGCGGUGCGAUCGGGGAGGUUCUCGUGGAGUAUCGGCUCGAGGAAUCGGGGCAUCUGAGCAAAGUGAAGGUGUCGGUGGACGAGGAUGGGCGCUCUCGGACCUUCAGGGAGACUGUGACGGCUAGACUACAGCUUCAGCUGCAGUUGUUGCUGCAGAGCGUUCGCAAGUUUUCUUUCAGACAGUUCAUCAAAGAUUAUGGCAAGAAGAAGCCGGGACCGGAAGACAUGAAUUUCUCUGCCGCUGUGUACGACUCCAAGACAGGAGUUGACAUUCUAACUCAGUGGACAUCGACAGAGCUCACGCUGCAGCAUGCUCAGAUGGCCAGAAUUGCUCAAGACACCCGCUACCUGGUGUUGGCUUUCGGCCUCUUCGGCAUCGUCCGAAUUCUCGAAGCCAUCGUGCUCACAGUCACAAGCAGAGACCCCAGGAAAUUACUGGACGCUUCUAACGCGUUGGAUCCUCUGACUGUGGCCUUUUUGGCGAAUGGCAUGAGAAAACCCAUGGUGGCAAUGCUGAAUGUCGAUCCCACCGACCUUCAGGAGGUCAAUCGGUUGAAGAUGAAAUUCUGGAAAGAGCUGCACGCUUUCUACGAGCGGCAAUGGAAAGUCAUGGCUACACUGGGAAUUGCUAGACUGCUCAACUUGAUAGGCACGCAUCUUCCGGCUGCUCAAUUCGUCACGGGUAAGCUGAAGCUCGUGUGGGACAUGAUGAUGACAUUGCCCUUGUUCUAGGCACGAAUUUCUGUACCUGUGUCUGUAACUGUUUGUAACAUUCUUAGUGUAAAUACUGGAGCUGAGAUUUGGCUUUCGCCGCAUGCGAAUCGUUCCUCGAAACCAGAAUCGUUGUUUGAAAAUGUAUUGUUCUUCGAAUCGAAGAGAAAGAACUGCAACACAAAUUACGGAAGAGCCGCCUCCACAGUCGUCCGGUGAUCGGAGCAGUGGACACAAGCGAUUCGGAAUCUUGCACACGUGUACAGAUGAAGAAAUUGCUCUUGUAAAACGGCUGCAUUAUACACCUUUGGCCAUCCUCGUCCAUUCAUUCAUUCUGUUUAACUCCAUUGUAAUCGUGCAAGCGUACAGAAAGGCCUCCCCAUGAGGUCGAACAUCGAUUGAUCAUUAGGAUGAUAGUGAAGCGUUGGACCAAUUUAUUCGAUUGCUUGCUUGAGCCCUUGAUUUCGGAUAAACUUUCAGCAUUCAACCACUUUCUAAUCCGGCCGAAUGAAAAUAGCAGCAGAAUUCUACACUUCUAGACAUACAACAAAAUAGAUAUACUGUCGUACUUCCAGGACAUCGCAUGUGGAUGUUUUCUUCAUCGCCAGAACUGAACAAAACUCCUGAGAACAGAGUAUC